UGUACCCAGGACUGGGGAUGAUGUACUCCUUUCCCAUGUCAAUAUCCUUCAUCUUCACCAAGUGGGGUACCAGAGCUCAGCCUCUUCCAUUCACUUCAGAAUUUAUCGUAGGUGGCUGGCAGUCGGGCCUCCAGUCCCGGAGGGUGUUGGGGCUCCUCUCUGCCCAGCUCCACCACCCUGGCCCUAGGGCGUUCCCACGCCAGCCCGGGCCUGGCGAGCACAGGCGCCACGACCCACCCAGAGCGAACGCAGCUCCCCCUGGUGGCCGCGCCGAGAGCAGAGCCGGCCGCGGCCGCCCCUCAGACCUCCCCUCCCGCCUCGUAACACCGGGGCCCCGGCACAGCCCGCGAGGUCGCCACCCAAGCCGGGGACCGCGCGACACCGGGGCGACGCAGGCCCCGCUUCUCCGGCCCGUGGCUUCCCACCGCCCAUCACGCCCCGGGAAACCCAAGGGAGUGAGGCCGUGACAGCGCGGACGCUGCGUGGGCAAGGC